AUGGCUGAAGGAGGUCAGAAUAUGUCGUCAGGUAAUGUGAAUGGUGAUCGGCUGCAACAAUCAGAACAACAAGGUUUGUCACUUAAACAAACAAUCUUCGUUUUUACUUUUGUAACUCUUGAAAAAGGUGGUCCAGCGAUACACGAAGAAGAAUUAGCAAGCAAAGCACUUCAUAUUCAAGCGAAGCGAUUUUAUCUCGAUGUUAAGCAAAAUCGCCGUGGACGAUUUCUCAAAAUAGCUGAAGUUAGUUCGGGUGGUCGUAAAAACCGUAUUUUAAUGUCAAUGAGUGCUGCCAGCGAACUACGCGAUCGUUUACAAACUUUCGACGAACAAAUUCAUGCAUUAGGUGAACAAUCGAUCGAUAAUGAUGAACAAGUUCGAUCAGCUGUUAUAUCGCGUGAUGAUCGAAAGUAUUAUUUGGAUUUACGAGAAAAUGAACGUGGGAAGUUUCUGCGCAUCUCAAUGGUCGGUAGUAAUACCCCUCGUUCGCAAAUUGCAAUACCUGCACAAGGAGUACAAGAAAUAUGGGAGACACUAGCCAAAUUAAUCGAAGAAUUCGGCAAUGAAGACGACCGAGACAGUAUCGAAACGCCACCUGCAAUCGAACCAACUGAAUUACCUGCUAGCAAAAACCUUCGUGUAGGAAAUAAGAAUUUCUAUUUUGAUAUUGGUUCAAACAAUCGCGGCGUAUUUUUACGAAUAUCCGAAGUUCGUCCUAACUCUCGAACAACAAUAACCAUCCCGGAAAAGGUAUGGUCUCGCUUUCGCGAUGAUCUGAGUGAAUUAAUUGUCACAAUGGAUGAUAAACGAAACCAUUCUCGUAUAAAUCCCGGUGAAGAGUCGGCCAUUCCGCCAAGCGGAAACUAA